AUGAACGGCCACACCAACGGGUUCAGUCCCGAGCUGGAGGAGGUCGCCAUCGUUGGCAUGGCCUGCCGCACAGCGGGUGGCAAUGAUACCCCCGAGAACCUUUGGCAGUUUCUCCUCGACAAGAAGGACGGCUCCGGCGAGGUCCCCUCACACCGAUGGGAGCCCUGGUACCGACGAGACACACGCAACGCCAAGGAAAUCGACAAGACGCUCAACAAGGGCUACUUUAUCCGUAACCUAGAGAAUUUUGACGCAUCCUUCUUUGGCAUCUCGCCCAAGGAGGCCGAGCAGAUGGACCCGCACCAACGCCUCGCCCUCGAACUAUCCUGGGAGGCCCUCGAGCACGCGGGCAUCAACCCCAAAGACCUCGCCAAAUCGGACACGGCCGUAUACAUGGGCAUCGACUCGGACGAUUACUCCCGUCUCCUGAUGGAGGACAUACCAAAUAUUGAGCCAUGGAUGGGCAUCGGCACGGCAGCGCAUGGUGUUGCCAACCGUGUGUCGUACCACUUGGACCUCAUGGGACCCAGUGCCGCCGUGGACGCUGCUUGUGCCUCUUCACUCGUCGCCAUUGACAGCGGCCGACUGGCGAUCCAGCUACGAGAGUCUGAAGUUGCUCUCGUGGGCGGUGUCAAUGUCUUGCUUGCCCCAGCCCUGACACGUAUGCUGGAUAAGGCUGGAGCAUUGUCACAAGAAGGCAUUUGCCGCUCGUUUGAUGAAGCCGCCAACGGCUAUGCUCGAGGCGAAGGAGGCGCUGUGCUUGUCCUCAAGAAUCUUCAGAGUGCACAGAGAGACGGUGAUCGCAUCUUGGCUGUUCUGAAGGGGAGUGCUGUGGCGCAGGAUGGUAAGACCAAUGGCAUCAUGGCUCCCAACACAGAUGCGCAGGAGCUCGUUGGUCGCAGAGCUCUCCAGCGGGCUGGAGUCGACCCCUUGACGGUCGGCUAUGUCGAGGCCCAUGCGACGGCGACACCGCUAGGCGAUCCCACCGAGAUCUCUGCCAUUGCAAAACUAUACGGGCAUGGUGCCAAACGGCCGAGAGAAGCACCAUGCCAGGUCGGUUCCAUCAAGCCCAAUAUUGGUCAUCUCGAGGCAGCUGCUGGCGCCAUUGGCAUGAUCAAGGCUGUCAUGGCCGUGUACAAGGGUCAACUGGCGCCUCAGACGUACCUUAACAAGCUGAACUCGCGCGUUGACUGGGCCGAGUCCGGACUGGAAGUUGUCCGCGACACGAAGCCGUGGAAGCAACAAAGUCUGCGAAGGGCUGCCGUCUGCUCGUACGGGUAUGGUGGUACCGUGUCCCAUGCAAUCGUUGAGGAGUGGGGAAGUAUGCCCGUCGAUUCCCAACUACUACCAGCUGAGAGCGACUUGGUCCCUUUGAUCAUCACAGCUCCGCUGGAGAAGCGCUUGUCACAGCAAGUCAGAGAGUUAGCAGACUGGCUUGUCACACCAAAUGGUCAGGCAUCCAGCCUACGCCUGGUGGCCAACACGCUGGGCCAGCGAAGGGCGAUGCACGAUCACCGCGUUGUCGUGCUCGUCCGUGACCAUGACAAUGCGACUGAACUUCUUGGACGCAUUGCGAGCAACACCCUGAAGAAAGAGGACCUUGUUCUUUCAGGGCGCGCUCUACCAGCCUCUACGGCCCAGGCAACAUCCCCUGUCUGGGUGUUUUCCGGUCAUGGCGCUCAAUGGCUAGAAAUGGGUCGCAAACUGGACAGCAAUGACUUUCAAGAUGCAAUUUCAGAGAUCGACCCUGUUAUCCAAGGGGAACUAGGAUUCUCCAUCCGCGAGGCACUCGCCACAGGUGACUUUGAGAGCUCGGAACGUGCCCAAGUUGCAACGUACGCGGUGCAAUACGGCUUGAGCCGCAUGUUGAUGGCCAAAGGUCUUUGUCCCGGCGCAGUCGUUGGGCAUUCGAUUGGCGAGAUUGCCGCCUCUGUGGCCGCUGGAUGCAUCACGCCCAAAGAAGGUGCUCUGAUCAUCUCACGACGUGCCAAGCUACUGGCGUGGGUGCGAAAGAACGAGGGCGAGGGUGCCAUGGCCCUCAUCCAGGCCCCUUUUUCGCAAGUCAAGGCCGAACUCGGGAACCGCACGAACAUUGUCGCGGCCAUCGACUCGUCCCCGUCGAGUUGUGUCGUGAGCGGACAGGCCAAAGCGGUGGAGCAGUUGAUGCAAAAGUUCCUCGAUCAGGACGUUGAGACCUUUCGUGUCAAGACCGACAUUGCCUUUCACAGUCCCAUGCUCGAUCAACUCCAGGAUCCACUUCGCGAUGCGUUGGACGGCGCACUCAACCCUCAGGAGCCAACUAUUCCGCUGUACUCGACGUCUCUUGACAAUGCUCGUGGGCGCCAACCGCGUGGCGUUGACUACUGGGUCAACAACAUGGUCAAGCCGGUGCAGCUACGUUCUGCAAUCCAGUCUGCUGCAGAUGAUGGACACCGCAUGUUCCUGGAGGUAUCUUCGCAUCCCGUUGUCCUUCAUUCUGUGCGCGAAACUCUUCUCGAAGUAGGUCUGAAGGAGAAAGACUUUGUCACGGCUUGCACGAUGAGACGCAACACCCUGCCGGAAAAGACCAUCACAAUCGCCAUAUCCAAGCUCCUCGUCCACGGGGCCGACGUGGACUUUGGGUCAUUCAUUGGUGACAAGAGUCACUGGUGUACUGGCGUCCCUAAAUCACCGUGGUUUCACAAGCCGUACUAUAGGCAAGUUGAGACCGGCGCCAUUGAACAGGCGUCUAUGCACGACGCGGAAACACACCACCUACUUGGCCGACGCACGGCUGUCGGGGGCACAGACAUCUCCCUGUUCGGUACGAAGCUUUCUAUCGAGACCAAACCCUUCCCAGGAACGCAUCCGCUGGAUGGCACGGAGAUCAUACCGGCGGGUGUCUACAUCAACACCUUUCACCACGCAACGGGUGGCCGAGAGCUGUCAGACAUUCAGCUCCGUGUGCCCGUGUCCAUGACCAACGAUGUUCGCACGAUCCAGGUUGCUGUACAAGGAGACAAGGUGUCCAUCGCCUCAACGAAUGAGGACACAGGGUCGAAACCGUCCCGCGACCAGUUCUGGAUUCAUCACGCUGCUUGUACAUGGGGUCGCAUCCAAGACAACAACACCCAGACGGCCGCGUUGCCCAUUGACAUUGCCGCCAUUCGCGAGCGCAUUGGCAUCAAGCUCCCCAACUCUUUUGCCGUCGACUUUUUGAGCAAGAUUGGCGUCGCUGGCAUCGCCUUCCCGUGGCAGGUGGUCGAGCACUACGGGAAGGAGACCGAGAUGAUUGUGCACGUGGAUAUGCUCCCUGGACAGGACACUCUGCCUUGGGAUUCAUUCUCGUGGGCGCCUCUGCUUGAUGCUGCCACGUCCGUUGGAUCGUCCAUCUUCUUCAACAAGCCAUCAUUGCGCAUCAUCUCCUCCAUUGAAAAGGUCCUGCUGCACUCGCGGGAUCCUCUUCCCAAGAUGGCCUAUCUCCACGUGGAAGAAGCGUCCAACAACAAGGCACUGGCCGCCAACGUCCACAUCUUGAGUGAGAGUGGUCAUCUGAUCGCUCAGAUCCAGUCCAUGAAGUUCUCCGAGGUCGAGGGCGGCGCUGGCCUGAGUGGCAGCGUGGACAGCCUUGUCCACCAGAUUGACUGGGUGCCUGCCCGAUUCUCCGAGACACCGAGGCGGCUUGGCCAUGUCUUACUCGUCUCGCGGAGCUUGCAGCAAGUCAAGGCCGUGCGGUCCUAUAUGCAGCCGAUGGCGAGGUCCGUGAUGCACGCGACGUCCGUCAAGCAACUCGCCGCCACCCCUGAGAUGCUCAAUGUCUUGUCGCAAAAAGGCAGUACGGUCGUGUAUUUACCUGGAUCCGUGGACAGUGUGGAGCAAGUCGCUGCCGCUGCCGAUGAGUUUGUCUGGGAGGCUGCCAGCCUGCUCCAGUGUCUGGCGACGCACUCCCUCUCCGAGGUCUGCAAGAUGUUCAUCCUGACCAACGGUGUCUUUGAGGGCUUGUCGCCCACCGGACUGGCUCAAGGUGCCCUGAUUGGUCUCGGACGCAUCAUUGCUGCUGAGCACCCUGACACGUGGGGAGGACUGAUUGACCAUGACAUUCCUGACGCUUCCUCCUUGCUGGCCUUCAUGUACGUCCGCGGACAUGACAUUAUCCGAAAUAUUGAUGGGCUGCCCCGACGAGCCGUCAUGAGGCCACUCUCCCGCAAGAAGCUACAUGCUUCAGACGCGGCGGUGACUUUGCUCCCCAAGCCAGACGGUACAUACGUGAUCACUGGUGGUCUUGGGUCACUGGGACUCGAUACAGCCGACUUCUUGGUGAAGAAGGGCGCCCGUCGAAUCCUGCUUGUUUCACGUCGUCAGUUCCCUGUACGGUCCAGCUGGGCCAAGCGCGUCGCCGACAAUGAUAAUUUCGCUGGCGCCAUCCGUCGCAUCCAGUCCAUGGAGAGAGCUGGUGCCGCUGUGUGCACAGCCGGCAUUGACAUGUCCCUGCCCGAUGCAUCCGAGGCUCUGUUGCACGCGCUAGACAACAUGCAGCUGCCGCGUGUCCUUGGCGUGGUGCACUGCGCAGGUGUCCUGGAAGACAGUCUUGUGCUCGAGACAAGUCGGGAUUCGUUCCGUCGCGUGAUGGCACCCAAGGUGAAUGGUGCCUUGGCUCUUCACGAGGCCUUCCCUCCUGGUUCUGUCGACUUUUUCGUCUUGUACUCGAGCAUCGGCCAGCUUGUCGGUACAGCUGGCCAGGCGUCGUAUGGUGCAAGCAAUGCUUUCCUAGAUGCCAUGGCAUACCACAGGCGAGCGCAGGGUGACAAUACAGUGGCCAUGCAGUUCACAGCCUGGCGUGGCAGUGGCAUGGGGGCUUCUACAGAGUUUCUGACCGUCGAGCUUGAAAGCAAGGGGAUCACAGACAUUUCGAGUGAGGAGGCCUUUCGCGCUUGGGAGCAUCUGGGCCGGUUUGACAUUGGCUCGGCCGUCGUCACGCGUUGUCUGGCGAUUGAUGAGGGCAGCCCUGUCGCCGUGCCUAUUUUGGAAGACAUUGUCGUGCGACGCCCCAGGGCGCAAGUCAAUGGACAAGUGCAGGAGGAAAAGGACAGCCUUGGCGGUGUGAGCGCGAGUAUCAAUGCCCGACCGACGGACCCAGAGGGUUUGCGGCAGUGGCUCGAGGUCAGCGUUCGGCAGUGUAUCGCCGCGGUGCUGAUGAUGCCUGACAUUACGGAGAUUGAUGGUGGAACAAUGGUGAAUGACCUGGGCAUUGACAGUGUCAUGACUGUUGCGCUGCGAAGGCAGUUUCAGGAGUUCUUCCAGAUCAAGGUGCCGCCCACGUUGACGUGGAAGCAUCCGACGGUGGACAGCAUGGUGCCGUGGUUCGCUGCCAAGUUGCAGGAGGAGUAG